AAUCCACAAUGGGAGGCAAAAAGGCUGCUGGUGAGAACUCCAAGAAGGCUGCUGGAAACGCUCGCAAAGCCGAAGCUGCAGCCAGCAAAAAAGCCGUUGAGGAUCAAAAGCGCGCCGCUGAAGAAGACAAGCAGUGGGCUAAGGGCGCGAAGGGUUCAACCAAGAAAGACGACGCCGAAGCCAAGAAAGCCGAAGCCGCCCGCAAGAAGGCCGAGCGCGAUGCGCUCCUGGCCGAAGAAGAAGCAUCCCAACCCUCCAAGCCCAAGAACACCAAGUCUGCCGGAAAGAAGAAUGCCGCUCCGUCCAAGGGAACCCUGGACCUAUCCCAGCUCGAUGACAAGGGGCCCAGUACCAAGUCGGCUCUGAACGCGUCUGGUAUCGACAACGCCCUCGAUGCACUCUCCUUGACGGGCCGGGACACCGGCAAGAUCGACCGCCACCCCGAGCGCCGAUUCAAGGCUGCGUAUGCGGCAUUUGAAGCGCGGCGGCUGCCGGAGAUUGAGGAGGAGAACCCCGGGCUUAGACGGAACCAGCGGAUUGAGCUUGUCAAGAAGGAGUUUGAGAAGAGUGAUGAGAAUCCGUUUAACCAGGUUCAUGUUGCGUUUGACGCGUCGAGAGAGGAGAUUGCGGCUGUGAAGGAUGCCGAGAGGAAGAAGGUUGAGACGCGGCUUACGAAGUAGAUAUCUCUACCUUCGUCUUCAUUUCUUUUGUGUUUUAUACCCGUGAUUUUUGGCUAGGGGGGAUGAUAGCAAUGGUUGAUGCUUAAAAGGGAGGGGGAACUGUUAUACAUAGAUAGACUGGUCACUGGAUGGGGCAUUCCUAUUCCUUAAGUCCAAAAAUGAACAUGGAAGAAAGUGAUAAAAAAGAAAAAUAGUGAGCCAAAAGUAAGAGAAAAUAAAAAAAGGUAUCAUGUGUCAUGCGAUCUAAUAUCCAAUACAGAGAAGAAUCCAGUGAAUAAAAGAGGAAUGAAGAUUGAAAAGGGUAAACGCCGUAUUCUAUCCCAUCACAGCUCGAACGUCCCAUACAUACACGCUCUCAUCCCACCCAACGCUCGC